UUAAGUUUUGGUGGAGUGUGAGAUAGAUAGGAGUGAGACAGUGAGAGUAGAGUGAGAGGACAAACAUAAGGAUUGGGAUUAGAGGUUCAAAGGGUAUUGAUUGAGUUAGAUUGAAAUCAGAGAUUGGGAAAUAUAGUGAAGGAAGACAGAUGCAGCUUGUGUCUUUGUGAGGACCCAGAACAUAAUAAAGGUCUCAGAGACGGAGUUGCGUCACAGUAGGCAGUUGGAUGAUGCUGGGAAUGAAGAUGCAGACACAAACACACACACACACAAGUAUACUGUCACCUAGUUGAUUCCUAGGUCAAUGGAGUACUUGUGACUUCAUCAGUGACAACAGAGAGGUCUCAAAAAGGCCAAGAGCUCCCUGAAGGGGAGCAGUUAAUAAUGUACCAUCUUCAGAAAUUCUAGGGGUAGAAACUGGCCUGAACAUGUCUCACUAUGGGGGCUGAAUCAUUUUUAUGAUACAAAGCAGGAAAAAUCAGAUUGUCAACAUAGCACUGGCUUCAUUCAUCUCUCAUGGAGAGCCAUUUGAUAUCACAGUUCCUGCUGGGGACUAUGCGGAAGGAUGGCAGCUGCAGAACCUUUGACUGCUUUCUCCCGCUGGUACCUUUAUGCUAUUCAUGGCUACUUUUGCGAGGUGAUGUUCACAGCUGCUUGGGAAUUUGUGGUGAAUUUCAACUGGAAGUUCCCAGGUGUCACCAGUGUAUGGGCACUCUUCAUCUAUGGAACAUCCAUCCUUAUAGUGGAAAAGAUGUACCUCUACCUAAAGGACAAGUGUAACAUCGUAGUUCGGUGCCUCAUUUACACCCUGUGGACGUAUGUUUGGGAAUUCACCACUGGCUUCAUCCUGCGACAGUUCAAUGCCUGCCCUUGGGACUAUUCACAGUUUGACUUGAACUUCAUGGGCCUCAUAACCCUGGAAUAUGCUAUUCCAUGGUUCUGUGCAGCAGUCAUCAUGGAACAACUAGUCAUCAAGAAUACCCUGCGUUUGCGUUUUGAUGAGAAUGCUGAGCCAGGGGGUCCCACUACUGCUGUAACCUUGGCCAAUGGCCAUGUGAAAACUAACUGAAGGGUGACCUAGAACUUACGCUUUGGCUCAGAGAACUUUCCUGCUGCCCUUGUUGAAGACUUGUGAUGACAGCCUGAAAAUCAAAACUCCCCCUUGUCAUAUGAUAAAUAAAACUUCCUGGGUUUGGAGGUGUGCAUGAAGAAGUGGAUCAGCAAUAUUCAGGUGCUUGCUUGCAACCAAUACCUCCCAUGGGACCUGAGAUGCUGCAGGGCCAAGGAAAAACCAACAGCUGCUGAAGUAGCCCACCAGUGGCAGCCUACUGGAGAGGUAGAAACUGUCCUCCUAUGUGCUCCUCCUAAGUUUUUUUAAAAUUGCACCACAGUACAUGAUAUUGUGGUACAGGACAUCUUGCUGGAUUUAUAUAAAAAUAUUCCUUUUUUUCAUCAGCCACUCUGGUUUUCAUAUAUAUAUACACACACACAUACAUAUAUAUUUUAAAAUAAAGGCUUGUUCUACUGGAAAAAUUAUAGGGUUCUUGUACAAGCUGCAUUUUGGUCAAAUAGCCAAAAGUCAGAGAGGAAUGGUUGAAGUCUUCCCUGCUUCCUGUCCUUACUGCUUGUAGUGGAAUUUAACAGAAGGGCUUUUUCUGAUCUGUUCCUGUGAGUCUGAUAGUCAGUGCUCACAUCACCAAGUUUCUCAAUGGCUUCCUCUCCAGGGAUCACUUGUCACCAGCAAUAUCUAUGGCUGUAGAUGUGGGUCUGUUGGCCAGCCCUGGAGUCAUCUGGAUUUUAUAGCCCACAAAACAGAUCACGUGUGCACAUUUCUGUUUAUGCUGGCCUUCUCUAAGCCCCAUCUCUUAUUCUCAAUGUACUAACGUAAGUGUUAGUGGUACAGCAGUUCCCCCUCCCCAUGCCUUUUCAUCAAGCUGUUGAUGAGUGGUGAUAUCACAUCAGUUACGUAGAGCAUGGAAGUGUUCCUUCUGUCCAGGUGGGUUGUGAAUGUUGUAGUAAGAGCUGCAGGCAUUAGAAUCUGAGGCAACUGUGAAUUUCUCAAGGAGACGUGUGACUUUCAGAGGCACUGUGAGUAGUAGUCAUCGUGAAGAAGAUGUAAGGCACCUGUCAAUCUGCCAAAGGAUUAAUGUUGUUGUUCCAAGAAUAAAGAAACAUCUUUCUCUUCCUCCCCCAACCCCACCGUUGGCUGCUGAAAAUAACGAGCGUCCAAGAGCCUUAAGAGGAGGGCUUGCUGUCAUCAGGGCCAAAAUAAUUUCAGGUAUCAUUUGCACUGAAUGGAACAGAACUGAAAGAGCAACGUUGAGCUUGUGAUGUGUGUUUCUACAUGCGUCCAUAAAGUGUCUUCUUUAAGACAAGGCUGUGUUUUUGGGUGAUCUCUCUACCCCUGGCACUCAGGCCAGAGACACACAGAUCUCUGCUGUCCUAUGGAAUUCCAUUCUAAGUGAAGACAAAAGCAAGGAUACACUGUCAUACUGAACGGGGUUCUAUAAUUGUAUUGUGCAUAAGUGUAGCAUUAAUUUGGCUUGUGCUUUUUCAAGUGUGAUUAAUUUAUUUCCCCCCAUUUCCUCCUCAGUUGGGAUAUCCAUUGCUGGCAAUGGAUAAGCAGGAGCACUGGCAACAGAUGUUAAGUCAUGUCUAUCCUUUGGUAGACAGUGUCUUCUGAAAUAGUUGUCAAGCAUGCAUAGACAUUAGAGGUCCCUUUUAUGGUUUUUUAAAAAUAUUUGCUACUGAAGAUGUCUCCUCUGUGGUAUAGUGCUGUACUCAGCAGAAUUAUUUCUUCUCAGCUCUGCAACAGCGGUCAAGAUAGAAUAGGAAAAAAAAUUGAGUGACAAUUAAUUGGUUAAACACUCAUGGUUUGCUAAAAUCCUCUUAUAGUGCAAUUCUGUACAUUUGUACUCAGCUGCAGGACCGUUUCAUAGUCAUUCUACUGCAUUGAGCAGGAAGUUGAACCAGAUGACCUCAGAAGUCCCUUUCAGUGCUAAAGUUCUAAAUGGGCAUAGGACUGCAACCUUAUUCAAUCAUGGGGCUUAGUGAAUACUGUGAAAAUAAGCAUACUUUUUGCAUCCUACUCCUCUGAGCUGCUGUCUGGAACAAAUUUGAAAGAUAGUUGUUGCUUCUCAUGAAGAACUUUCUGGAAAACAUUUUUCAUCCAAGUAUUAUGUGAUGGUGGGAACAAAACAAAUAGAAAUGGGCUACACUUUCACUAAGCCUAGUUUCUGAAGCACCACAUAAGGCUGAAUAAGUAUAGUUUCCCCACUUUCAAUGGUGGAGUCAUAUUCUACAUGACUCUGCAAGCUGGGAUAUUUAAAAAUGCCAGAAUAUUUAGUCUUCAGGGUGAUAUAUUUGUGACAGUGAUAUCUACCUUCUACACUGGCUUGCUGCACAGUUCCUUGAGCAUCUGUGAUCUCAUCCUGAAUUGCAUACUUGCUUGACAGUUGAUCAGUAAUUGUUGCUUACACGAAGGUGGUGAAUUUGUGUCCCUCCAGAUAUUGUUAGACUGCAACACCCAUCAUUCCUUGCUAUUCCCAAUGCUGACUAAGGUUGAUGGACAAUGCUAUUACAUAACAUAUGGAGGAGAUAUGUUUUAUUUUGUGUAUGCUGCCCACUCUGAGCGUAUGCUGAAUAAUGUAGUCCUUAACUGCUCCUACAAAUGAGCUACAUUUUCCAAUGAUGCACCAGGACUUCAUUUCCAAAAGCUUAUUGUAUGCCAGUUUACAUAUGUGUCCUCAAGGGGUUGUUACUUUCAUAUAUACACAAGUGCACUUUAUUCACAGUUGGUACAUCGGGAACUGAACUGGGCCUGAUAAAUUUACAAAUUCCCAUGUAGUGUCCACAAGAUAACUCACUGAUCAUAUGAGCUGUCUUUAACAUUGUUCUUCAUUCUCUCCAAUGUAUUGUGCAUGUCAGGCUCUGCAGAUCUUAUUACUCUUCUGGGAGAAAAUUAUGUUGGCUGCAGCCAGAGAUUUCCUGUGUUACUGUUCUACUUCUCUCAGUUUCAAGUGGGAGGAAAAUGGCUGGUGUUGUUUUACAGCUGAGUUCUUAGACUACAUGGUGAUGACAGCCACUUUGUUGACAACUGUAGCCCAUUAGCUGUGCACUGGAGGAAACACUUGCAUAUAAAAUACACAACAAUAAAACGCACACUAUCUUGAGUUAAAUAUUUGUGUGUAUGUGUAUCCUCCUCAUUAGAUUAAAGUUGCCUGUUUGAAUUCACCAGCAAUAAAAAGUUGUGAUUUGUUGGCUUUUCCCUGCCACAUGUGAAGAGAUGAUAUAUAUUUAAUCUGUUGGAAACGAAGGAUUAUAAGCUGUUUUUGCCCUGUAUCACACUUGUGUUCCGAAGUAGGUUUCCUCACAGAAAUAUGUGGAACCCAACACAGAGAUGGUGUCUCUAGGCAAAUGGUACUGUUCACCUUCUCCAUGUUGUCUGACACUCAUGUUCCAUUGGCUGUCUGGAUGGACACGAGCACUGCAGCAUGCGUGAUUCAUUGACAAGGCAUGAAUCAUGCAAGGAUCUUGCUGAAUGCUGUGCUUCUAUCCAGGAAGCAAAUAUUGGUACAGUUUCAGUAUGGUUAUCUUUUGUCUAAAAUGCCCUGCCCUUGUCUCAAACUCAUUUGGGACUAAUGGUAACACAGGAAAUACAUCUGUGAGAUCCCAGAGGACAUCUAUGUUAUGUGUACAACUUCCAGAAUAAAUUUCCAGAAUACAGUGCUUUACAGCACUAGUUCUCAGUUGGUGAAAUUGUGAAAUGAUUUUUUUUUAAGUCAGCUUUUCCAGUGAUAACUACCAGACCUUAGAAUUUCUUUUAAAAACUUUUUAAAAUUUUGAAUAAUUUUAUUACACAUUUGUGUGUAUAUUCUUAAUUUACAUUAUGAAUUGAAUUUGAUGUUAAAAGCGACUGGAUGAGUUGCUGAGAAAUGAGAAGCAUUAAGGCUUCUCAAAAAAAAAAUUUUUUUUAAAGGAUGUGAUACUUUACAAAGAGGUACUUUUUAAGAUACUUGUGCCAGUAUAGGAGGGCAUACCUUGAUCUUCCCAAAAGGCUUUUCCCUGCCUUCUGCAUGGCGCUGUCCUCUGUAUACAGAGUCCUCAUAUUCCAGAGAGAGGGAUAUGAAGCUCUAUCUUCAAUAGAAAAUAUCCAGAACACAGAAGUAUUCAAGUGAGAUGUAACAACAUAUUCUUUUUCUUUCUGGUAUGUCCAAAUUUCUGAACCUAGCCAGUUAAGAAAAUGUGGUAUCAGAAUUCAAGCAUAUCCUUUUAAAAUGCCUUCAGUGAGCUGUAGGCACUAAGAGUUAUCACCCCCACUCACUUGUAUGGGCAGUGCUAGGGAACCUGUGUUCUUCUGGAUGUUGUUGGUCUAUUGCUCCUAUCAGCUUCAGCCAGCCUGACUAACUAUCAAAAAUAAUGGAAGAUAUAGACCAACCUUGCCUAAACAAAAGAGGCACAGUUUCCCCAAUUUUGCAUUAAAAAUACAGUACUCUAUGCAUAAAGCCUUUCCACAUGAACAUUACUGUGAACAUGAACAUUAUUUGGGAGCUUUUUCCUGACAUCAAUUAAAGCAUCAGAACCAUUGAUAGCUGAAAAUUUGCCAUGGAGAACAUUAUUAGACUGGAAAUUCAAAGUUAUGGGUCUAGUUUACAGUGGAGUACAGUAUAUUGGUUGGAUAUUAGAAAGGAAAAGAGAUUGGGGAAAUAAUGCCUCUUAACUGUGUUUUAAAUAAAUGAUGUUGUACAAAUGUGCAGUCUGGACUAGAUGACCCAUGCAAUACUUUUCAAUCCUAUACUGAUAUUCGAAAUGUAUGAAGUAUAUGCAGAUAUCAUUAUUGAAAUUGGUGUUGCAAGGUUAUAUUUCUUUAUUGAGUUCUACCAUACUGUACCCUAUGAUUUUAAUGGGUCAAAAUAAAAACCACAUUAAUAACA